UCAUGUUUUCAUUUGCUUCAUCAAGUAAUUAAUAAAUAAUCUAUAAUAGCUGAUCUGAAAUUGAAAAAGGUUCAUUUAUAAAAAGCCACAGCUAAAGGAGAUUGGGGAAAGGAAAAAAGUAAAGUAACUGGAAAAUAUUACCCAACUAAUUCAUAUUGUAUAAAUCAAUGUACAGCUGCUGGAGGAUAAAAUUGUGGUACAAGUAAAAUAGUCUGUUGUGAUUCAAGACUUUGUUUUGAUAAUGAGGAAUGUAUUGAAGAAUUGUAUAUCGAUGGAUGCGAUUCUUGA